CGUUUCGUCGGGUAGGAUGUGUGUUCGUCCCGUCGCUCCGUACGGUGUUCCGAAGUGUUGUCGUGUUGAAAUACGUAGAAAAUGACUUUUUAAUGUGUUUCAAAGUUUGAAAUGAAACUAAGUGAGUAAAAUGUGUUCACGUUGUUAAAAGUGAUGUGGAACUAUUUGUGAAGUUAAUAAAUAAAUUGGACUAAUAUAGAAGUUCGGAAUUCAAUCACUGGCAAUAAGGUAUAAGAGUCAAACCCGCAUCAAUUAAGGAUUGGGUAAACUCCUGUCUUUAUUUACGUCAACAAAAUUAAAAGGUACUAUACCCGGGGAGAACGAAUCCCUGUGGCCUACACACCAGAACCAGCCACUUUGUAUCCACCACAAAUGUAGAUCCGCUCAGCUCCGCUCUAAGGUUACAAAGAUGAACAGUAGUAGGUGAGACAGACUGCAGCCGGUGGUAAGAUGGCCGAGAAGAAGGAUGGGGCGGCGCUGCUGACCAAGAAGGCCAAGCCGCGGAAGUCCCGCGACGCCGACUGCUGCAGCGUCAACUUCCUCAAGUGUGUGCUACAUAUCUUCAACGUCGUGUUUCUGUUCGCGGGCAUUGGCGUGCUGGCGGUGGGCGCGUGGACAGUUGCGUCGCGACACCGCUACGUGUCUCUGCUGCCCACACCGACGUACGCAGCCAUCGCGUACCUGCUGAUACUAGCCGGCGCGUUGGGUGUACCACUCGCCGCACUGGGGUGCUGCGGGCUCAAGACUGAGAACAGGACUAGCUUGUUAUGUUACACAUACUUCCUGCUGAUCUCGUUCAUCCUGGAGCUGGGUGCUGGUGGGCUGGCGUACUAUUACGAGGUGGCGGUGGAGCCCGAGCUACGAGCUGAACUGAACAACACCUUCCUCGGCAACUACGCGCUCGACACCACCGUGACAGAAGCAGUAGACCGCAUGCAGGCCGAGUUCAAGUGCUGCGGCGCGGUGCGGCCGUCGGACUGGCGCUACUCGGCGUGGCACGAGCACGACCCGCGGCUGCUGGUGCCCGACUCCUGCUGCAAGACCGCCUCCAGCCGCUGCGGCGUCCGAGACCAUCCCUCCAAUAUACACACCCACGGCUGCAUCCGUCAGUUCACAAACCACAUCCGGGACCACCUGAUCAUCCUGGCGGCGGUCGGGGUCGGCAUGUCCGUCAUACCCAUCUUUGGGUUCCUGUUCUCGUGCGUGCUCUACGUUAAGAUCAAACACGUCAUCGACUGACCACGGCCUAAGCCCUCGACCAACCGCAAGGUGUUCGACAAGUCGGCAUCGGUCGGGGACCUUUCGAAGCCGGCCCCGCGGGGCUCGCAGCGUGGCCCGCGGCCCACAGGGCGGCCGCGGGCGCGGCGCGGGCCCCGCCCGCCCUGCCCGCUGCACCCCAAGGAGAAGAGCCCCGGGAAACUACCCAUAUCCACCAUUAGCGACAACGUCAGCGUUUAAAACCAUACACCUCGUAUAACAAAUAGACAAGCAAUCUCUGUAAAAGUGUCCGCGGCGCAUCUUGUCACUAAGCGACGACGUGUCAAGAUCGAAUUUAGUCACAAUGGACGUAAUAACGACACUGUACAGUCAUGAGCAAUAUCAUGUACCCACUUUAGAACCCUGUCGCACUAUCAUAUUUGACAUUUAAUGAGACUUACUGUUUAAUUUGUCAAAACAGUUAAUGUGACAUGGUUUUAAAGUGUAUACAUAUUAGUACUCGUGACCGUACAACCGAUAUUGCACUUUAUUUGUACCGCCACAACAUCUUAAUUUAAAGGAACGAUCUUAUACUAUCUACUUUUAAUGAAUACCUAUUUACUUUUUAUUAGAAAAACUCCUUAGCGAAUUUGAGUCUUAUUUGUGUGCAGGAUGUCAGAAACUAUAUUUGCUAACAAUACUGAUUUCGAAUCAUAAGCGACCUUUCCCACAACGGGAUUCUAUAGUGCUUUGGUAAGAUCAAGUAUUAGACCACACGUCACAAACAGGGGAUCUAAAAUUCAUCUAAAUUGCUUCAAUGUGACGUUUUUAGAUUAAAAGCAUUAUUGAAAUUUGACAUUUGCGCGUAUAAAUGUUAACAAAUGUCAAAUAACAAUAUUGCUUUUUUAAAUUAAUUGUUUCAAUGUGGCCUUUUCAAGCCCAUAGUUCGACGUUUGUUGUUUUAAUUCGCCUUAAAUAAGGCAGGGCUUUUUGGCGGGAAACGGGAACGGGACAGUUGCUUUCUUCAUUGAAUGAUUUAAAUAAUUAAUACGAAGUGGUGUUUUGUGGUUAAUGAUCGCAUUAAGUUAGUCGGAAGACAUUCGCGAGUUUUAUUAUAUCGGAGUAUUCAAUAAACAAAGUGUAUCUGCCUAUUUUCGCUUCGUGCCAGGAAGCCGCUUCAUAACUCGAAAGUUUAUGCGGACUUUUGAGUUAAUUCGUUUGGGGUUCGGAGUAGGAGUCUACUCCGAGGGUGGGGGCUUAGGUUUCAUCAUCAUCAUCUUUCAUCAACCAUCAAGAAAAAAAUACGUAAGACAUGGCUGUAUGGGCAUAGUACCCUUUGCCUUACCCUUCGGGGAAAACCAAAACAAAAAAAAAUAAUUAAAUAAGGCAGGCAAAGAUCUGAGGUCCAUGCAGCCUUAACCUCUCAUCUGCCGAGAUACCAGACACAAUAGAUUUUACAUUGUGUCUGGUCGAGAUCCGCGUUCCGGCAGAUGAGAGGUUAAGUGACAAACAGUUCGAUCAUUGACAUUUCCGAUGACGUCAUCACUCAUUUCAUACAAAUUCCAUAGACACGUUUUGACGUUUAGUAAAAAGUAUUCUCAUGUCAAUUGUUUCGAUAUCGUAUGAAUCGCAUCGCACUGUGAGAAAGGUCGCUAUGUAGGUACUGAAUUUCAAUAACUAAUCCUUAUUUUAAAAGCUAACACGAUAACGCAGUCGCUUAUUAAGAUAAACGCGGACGUAACAGUCAUGAGCAAUAUAAUGUACCCACUUUAGGACUCUGUCGCACUAAUAUAUUUGACAUUUAGUGAGACUUACAGUUCAAUUUGUCAAAAAAGUUAAUGUGACAUGGUACCAAAGUGUAUACAUAUUAAUGCUCGUGACCGUACAUAUUACAGCGUCGGCAAAAACAAAGUAAAUAAAAAAAUUGUCCUAUUAUUUUCACUCUGUGGAAAAUAUACCAAUUUUAAAACUCAAUGCAAACAUGUUAGUUUUAAAGCUGCAAAUAUGAAAUCAUAAUAAAUUGGUGUUGAAAAUAAUUAUAUUUAUUAUUAUAAACUAACGACGUAAAUUAAAUGUAAAUAACGAUUUAGUUUCGUGACUGUGUUCAUCAAAUGUUACAUAAUUAAAGUUAUAGAACUGAAUCUUUGGGAGCAUUGCAAUCUAUCACUUCGUACAUCUUUUCCAGAUGGUUUACACAUUGUCUGUUAGCACCAAUCGACAAAACGAUAUAUCGUCAAAGUCGAUAAAAUGAUCGUGACAAAAUUUUAUCACGUUACGCAUGUUAGCCGGGCUUGAGUCACUUUUUUAUCACUAAGCCAAUACGAGCAGCAAGGUCUACCAAUCCGUUUCUCCAGGACUUUGCACCGCUCCAUGCGCGCCCCCGGACAAGCAUGCGGUGAUCUACCCAGAGAGCUCGUCAGUGAGGUCCCUAUUUCAAAGCCACACAUAGGCCGUCUUAAACCAUGACUGUCAACUACACCAACCACACCAGUAGACGGCACCCAUACCAGGCUGGUUGUAAUUGUAACCAGUCGCGAGAGCAACCUUUGCAGGGGCUCUGUAAGGAUCACUGGUAAUUAUAAUAACACCCCUCACAAAUAAUUGAACGAACUAAAAGGUUUGCUCGCGCUAGAGAUGUGACUGACCAUAAAUGGUAGACUAUUAGGUAUGUCCCAUACAGGCUCCAAGCCUGAAAGAUCCCUCGUGCGCAGUUCGGUCGCGUGAGAAAACUCGUCAGGUCUACCACACGCUCUGGAGAUGUAGUCAGUGGCAGUUCCUCCGGUGUCACGUGAUACUCGAUUGGAAUCUAUAAAGUAGUUAUUACCCACCUGUUUAAUUUUAAAUCAAAAACUUACCAUUUUUUUUUGCCUCCAGUAUUUAAAUACUUACGCUAAUAAUUUUAUUCAGGUAAGUACUCAGAGAACAGAGAAAUUAUACCUCUAGACGGCAGUUGCCACAGGUAUAAAUAUAAUGUCUCUUAUUGGGGAAGGUGAGAGAGUAUAUACUUACAGCACACGCCUACCCACUGCCGCACGCUUAUAAGAAAAAAACACGCUCAUAACAUGUGUUAUGUUUGUCAUGUGUUGUGUUCUUUUGUAUUUGUGUGACCACAAAUAUAAAAAAAAACACGAACGGAUAGUACGUAUACAUAUACUUCGGCAGAGGGGAACGCGUGCUUAGCUUAGCGAGAAUAAGUAUAUAUUUUUCUUUUGUUAUUUGUCCAAUGAUAGAUUUCAAACGUUCCCAAAGUUCUCUGAUAGGGUGUAGUAACUAGAAACCAUGACCGAAUUUAUAUCUAAAUGUAUCUAAGUCAAACGUGAAGGAUAGAUUAACGUCAUGCCCCCAAUACACGUUGGCCGAGUCGUCUUGGUCAACUCUAACGAGCCGUGUACGGUCACGAGCAUUAAUAUGUGUACACUUUGGUACCCUGUCACAUUAACUUUUUUCAAAUAUGUUAGUGCGACAGGGUUCUAAAAUGUAGGUACACGUUAGCCAAGACGGGUCGACCAACUUGUACUGGGGCUUUAGGAAUUUUAAGCGACUUAAUUCUAUAUUUACAAACCUGUAUUAACAAAAGAGAGAAAAACAAUAAUAAAAAAAAUAAAAAAACCUGUUCUGCCUUCGCUAAAUGUUCAAUUGACGUUUUUUAUUUUGUUUCGCAAAAAAUAUAACCACGUAAACGUAGAAAUACAGAUUUGUAAAUAGAUUAAAAUAUAGUAAUUAUACUACAUACAACGUAGCAUGUUUAGAGUGGCAUAUCUCUCGUCUCUUUCGUGCUAAGCUGUAUACUUUUAGUGUGAAAGAGACAUACAUAUCUCUCGUCUCACGCUAGGGGAUGUGCUCUAUCCUGCUGUCAUUCUAACUAGGCUACGUUAAAGAGGGUAUAUGUAUGUUGAAUGGUGCUAUAUAUUGUUAUACGUACGAUAUACCAUUGUGUACUUAACAUAGUUGCUAUGUGUAGUGAGUAACUGUACUAAUAUAAACGCUAUUUAGAUAAAACCAGGGGGUUAUAAACGCCACAUAGAAGCAAUUCAUCUUAAAAGCAAUAUUGCAAUUUGACAUUUGCGGAAUGUCAACAAAUGUCAAAUAACAAUAUUGCUUUUUUUAUGUGAAUUGCUUUAAUGUGGCCUUUUAAAGCCCCCACGUACCCAAAGAAAGCGACACCUUUUGCUUUGAAAUCUUGUUAAAAAUAAUCAUUCUAGUCUUUAGUCAAUGGCCCAGAUUCCUGCAUACCAUACAAAUAAUUUUAAGUUAUACCUGUCAUUUUCUUUUCCGCCGAAAAGGAAAGGGACGGAUGAUUGAAUGAGCUGUUAAUUUUAAAAUAAAUGAGUGCGGUGAAUAAAAUAGGCAGUACGUUGAUAUGCAACUCGUUUGAUGUGAGCUGUCAAAAUUGACUAUAAUUGAUGUGUGUUAAAUCAAUUUUACGCCUUUCUUAAAACCCCUUCCUUUCUAUACUCCCUUUCAAAAGGAACUUUCACUGAUAAGAAAAUGACAGUUAUAAUUGAAAAUAAACUUAGAUGUUGUGUACUGGGAUCAGCACUAAUGCUUCAUUUUAAGAGUAGAAAUAACUCAAAUAACACAUCACAUUCAAAAUCCACAUUACCUCUUUCUUGCACUUAUUGUGAGCAAAAACACUGUUUAAGGGCUGUCACAUUGAAAUAAAGUUAUCUGAAUUUGCACCAUUAUGCUUACGGAUGUCUAUCAAUUAUAAACCUAUUAUUUUUAUAAUUAAUUUUCCGCUUGUGAUAACUGGAAAAUUAUAGCAAAUACCUAGGUUUUUUUUCCUCCUUUACGUAGGAACAAUACCACAUAAUGUCGAAAUAGUUAGGUACUUAUAAAAAAUAUUAUAUUGAUACUUAAACGAUGUCAUAGAGUAAAAGUAACCAAAUAUACAUAAGUUUAAUGUGCCUUAUAAUUAUAAGAAUUAACGUGAAUGUUAUUUACUUAGUAUAUAGUAAUUAUCAUGUACUUAUUUAUGAAAUAUUUUUUUAUUAAUUUAAAUAUUUAUGAUUCAUGGUUUUACAGACACGAAAAAAAAAUAUUACUAUAAAAAUACUGGGUACUUACUUUUAUUUUAUUUGUGUGUUUGGGGGAAUUUUAGAAAAUCGAUAAGGAAAAGAAAAAAUAUUACUUGUGCAAAUUACUGCAAAUAUCCAGUUACUUACUUACGUACCUAGUAACAUACAUAAGUUCCAACUGGAUAUUUUGCAAGGAGACAAAUGAUUCUUGAAUAUUUUUGCGGUGACGCUACUUUCACUUUCAGGGGGGUUAAAAAGGCCACAUCGAAGCAUUUCAUCUCAGAAAGCAAUAUUGCAAUUUGACAUUUGCGCAUAUAAAAUUAAAUGCGCCAACAAAUGUCAAAUGGCAAGGUAUUUUUUAGAAGAAUUGCUUCCAAAUGGCAUUUUUGAGGCCCUCUCGCGAAAUUAACCUAUUUACUGAAUCUCAUGUCCAGUGUUAACUCGAACGGGUAAUAUACAUUUCCCGCCAUUUUUGCAAAGUUACCUGCCUGUGUAAUUUCUAUCAAAGAUACUUAAGUUACGAUCACACCUGAUCACGUACAGGGAUUGUGCGUUAGGCAGACACCAACGAAAACUCCAGUAUAAAAUUACUCAGAAAGUUGAACUUCGUAAGAAUUGAGCAACACAUUGAAUUGAAUUGAUUCACGCGGAUAUAUAAGCGCGCAGCGCGCCCCUGUUUAGCGGUGAAUUUUUUUUGCGGAAAAAUAAUAAGUUUUUUUUUUCUAAAAUAUCAUUAUAUUAUUGUGUAAAGAACCCGGAAUAUAUUUCUAUUGUAAAUUUUUAACAUUGUUUGAAAUUAAGAAAUGAAAAACCAAAAAUUUUAGUAUGUAUCACUUACAUUAUUUUACGGGUAAUUUUUAACGAUUUUUGUCACCUAACAAUUGUCACUUUUUUAUUAUUAAUCACGGCUGUUAACGUUAGAUUAAAAAAUAUCUUGUUGUUUAAUACAAUUUUAACAAAAACUA